AUGGCCUGUCCCGAGGAUUACAUUCGCAGAGACUACCGCGAGGCGCCAAAGGAGAAAUAUCCCAGGAGGUUCUACCUUUUUUUUGGUUGAGUAAUCGCAUGGAUUUUUUAAUUUGGAGAUGUAGGGUUUACUAGAGAUUAAAAGCACCUGCACCCUGACCCUUUGUUUGCGCAUGAAGAUGAUAUCAAUAAAUUGAUCUUGUAAAAAUCAGGCACGCCUUCUUUUCGCAUAUCACGAAGGAAACGUACCAAAGCACCUACCGGCAGGACAUCGGGGGCUUUUUCGACUUGGAGGCAAGUUUUGCAAAGACGCGCAAGCUGAUGGAGAAGCGGGCCGCCAAGUGGACGAACCAGGUGCAGCAUCUGAGCCAAAACGAGCUGGACAAGUUUGCGGUAAAGUACACGGGUCCCGACAAGAAGCUCAAGCAGACGCGCAGCGAGCCUCGGCUGAACUCGGAGUACCGGGACAAGAUGCGCGGCCGCCAGGCGGGGUUCCGCUAAGUGAGAUCAGUCGUGGAGGCUCUCCCUGUAAAUUUAGUUUUGUACAACUAGAACUCACAACUUCUGGUCGUGCCCUGUAUGUUCCAGGGUGCUCCUCAGUGUGUUGCUUUGUUUGAUGAGAAGAGCUGCGCUCUCUGGUGUGACAAAAAUGAACUAGAACUACAGAGCAGUACUCUUUGCUCUGGCACGACUUUGGCAAAUUUUGAGAUUAAGUGAUCAAAGAAUUGUAUAGCAGCACGGAGCUGCUUGGGUGAUCUGUAUCUCCUUUCCUGCACGCGGCCCUGUGUUACUGAUCGUCCUCCACAGCGAUUUUCAGGAGCUUGGUAGUAACGCGCAAUGGAUAGCCUCUUUGAUCAGGUUCAGGCUUAUACAGAAGAUCAAAGAAAGAAAAUAGGGAUCGGACGUGAUCUUCACUGCAGCGAUCCACUGUAUAAUUAUCGAACGAUCUAGUCACCAAUUAAAAUUAAUUUUGCAUUUGCUCAGAUCUAGUGCUUCGUAAGUUCUUGCCAGCAAAAAUAGAUCGAAAACUCACGAGCAGCGCACCAAAUUUCAGGCAAAGUAGAGUGUGAAGACGCAGAGGUACAGUAAGACAUUCAUGCUACUCACAAGUGGAAACGACAGCAAAUAGACUCUACGCAGGCGACAACUGAGAAAAAA